UCCCCUCCUCGCCCGGCGGCCGCCGCUGCCCGCGAUGGUGGCAGGGCUGCUGGGCGGCGGGGCCCGCGGGGGGACCGUGCCGGGCGCCUGGCUGUGCCUGAUGGCGCUACUGCAGUUGCUAGGCUCGGCGCCGCGGGGCUCCGGGCUGGCGCACGGCCGCCGCCUCAUCUGCUGGCAGGCGCUGCUCCAGUGCCAGGGGGAGCCGGAGUGCAGCUACGCCUACAACCAGUACGCGGAGGCGUGCGCGCCGGUACUGGCGCAGCGCGGCGGGAGCGACGCGCCCGGAGCUGCAGCCGCCUUCCCGGCCUCAGCCCCAUCCUUUUCGUCGCGCUGGCGCUGUCCGAGCCACUGUAUCUCGGCCCUUAUUCAGCUCAACCACACGCGCCGCGGGCCCGCUCUGGAGGACUGUGACUGCGCGCAGGACGAGAACUGCAAGUCCACCAAGCGCGCCAUUGAGCCUUGCCUGCCCCGGACCAGCGGCGGCGGCGCGGGCGGCCCGGGUGCGGGCGGGGUCAUGGGUUGCACCGAAGCCCGCCGGCGCUGCGACCGCGACAGCCGCUGCAACCUGGCGCUCAACCGCUACCUGACUUACUGCGGCAAGCUCUUCAACGGGCUGCGCUGCACAGAUGAGUGCCGCACUGUCAUCGAGGACAUGCUAGCUGUGCCCAAGGCAGCGCUGCUCAACGACUGUGUGUGCGACGGCCUUGAGCGGCCCAUAUGCGAAUCGGUCAAAGAGAACAUGGCUCGCCUGUGCUUCGGCGCCGAACUGGGUAACGGCCCCGGCAGCAGCGGCUCGGACGGGGGCCUGGACGACUACUACGACGAGGAGUACGACGACGAGCAGCGCGCCGGGGGCGCUGGCGGUGAGCAGCCGCUGGACGACGACGACGGCAUCCCGCACCAGCCGCGCCCGGGUGGCGGCGCUGCUGCGGCGGGCGGCCACGGGGACCUGCCCUAUGGGCCCGGGCGAAGGAGCAGCAACGGCAGUGGACGCUUGGCUCCCCGAGGCGCCUGGACCCCGUUCGCCUCCAUCUUGCUGCUGCUGCUCCCGCAGCUGUUUUAGCUCUCGCGCCCUCCGACAGGGGCUUCGGGAGGGCCCGUCCCAGGGCACCUGUGUCUUAGGGACAGAGGGGAUGGAUGGGGAUACUUGCCAAAACGUUUUCAAAGUUCACUCAACUUAGUCUCCCCGCCACAACUUUGGCACUUUGCUCGUCUCCUCUCCCGAGCAUGACUUCUUGGACAUCCUUCCCUGGCCCCUUUUCUGGCUCCAGAAACUCCCAGCACGUCUGCCUUGCAGAAACUAGCCUAGCUCAAGUUCUGGACGCCUGGUAUGGAAUGGGCGGCGGGGCGGGGUGGGGGCGAGCAGAAACGUAGUCCUGGACUCCAAAGAGGGUGCUGACCAGUGGGGCCUUAGCAUUUUUCAAGGGACUGGGCUCGGAGCAAGGGGUUUGAAGGGAGGUUAUAUUUGCAAAAGAGGCUGUCAGUUUAUGAGCAUUUGGGGGGUUGCAGGGGAGCCGGUAUCGACUUUUAUUGUGGCCUGUGAGGACAUUGCAGUCGUCAGUAAUCAGAAAAGUCCCACUUACUGGUUCAUUCGUUUAUCAACCGGUUCGUUGGUUUUGGUACCAGCGCCCUGAAUUCUCAGUUUGGGGUAGGAGUGAGAAGUUAGUAUCCCUGAAUUAGUUUUAGGUAACUUUGAGCCCUUGAGCUUAAUUUCAUUCUCACCACUCUGAUCUCUUAGUACAUUUCUUAGGAUUAAGGGUCAAAAAUGCUGGUCUAAAGAGUUGCUAGUGAUACUGAAAAUGCAAGUUUGUAUUAAAUGAGCUCUGCACUGCCAUCUAUGAAAGCCCCUUUAUGAUGUUUGUUUUGUUGUCGUUUCUGUUCUUUACAUCAAGAAACUGUAUGUACAAAUAUGCAGAGAACGUAUAUUGCUUCUGCUUCUAUCAGGGUGCUAAACCCUGGUACUUCUUAUAUAAAUUGUAUUAAAACUGGGGUUUGUUACCAGUUGCUGUACUUUGUAUAUAGAAUUUUUAUAAAUUGUAUGCUUCAGAAAUAAUUUAUUUUUUAAAAAAAUUAAAAACUUUAAAUCCACGUUCAUAUUACACCUUUUCUCCCUGAAAUGUAUAGAAACUGUCACCAGGGAUCCAAACCCACAGUCCGCUGUAAAGUGUGCUCUGUCUAGAACAGCCUUGAAAUGUACAGUGUAUUUUAUAGAUUUGAAGUUAACAUUCUUAUUUUCAAGAGAAUUUAUGGACAUUGUAGAAAUGUAUAAAUGCAUUUCCAAACUGCCUUAAACGUAUUUUUAUAGACAUCUUUAAAAAAAAGUCUUAUGUUUUAAGUAA